ACCAAUGCGCAGUUGUCUCGCGUCCGCUCGGACGAAUAAGAAGAAGACGACGACGACGAAGUAGCUUGUUGAUCGUUUGGCCUCCUUCAACUCCGCCAUCGAUGAUCUCGUUGCUCAGCCGGAGCCUCGGCUCCGUCCGCAGGCUCAGCGGACCGCCGGUUCGGUCGGUUGCGCCGGACAAGCCGCGUCCCCCGGAAGCGAGCGCCGCGCGUGUCCGGAAGACGUUCGUGGACUUUUUCGAGCGUGAACACGGACACUUGCUGGUCCCGUCCUCCCCUGUGCGGCCCAGAGGCGACCCCAGUCUGCUCUUCGUCAACGCCGGAAUGAACCAGUUCAAGCCGAUCUUGCUGGGCACGGCGGACCCUCGCGGCGCCAUGGCGUCGUACCGCCGGGUGGUCAACAGUCAGAAGUGCGUGCGUGCCGGCGGCAAGCACAACGACCUGGACGACGUGGGCAAGGACGUGUACCACCACACCUUCUUCGAGAUGAUGGGAAACUGGUCCUUCGGCGACUACUUCAAGGAAGAGGCGUGCGCGAUGGCGUGGACGCUGCUGACGGAGCGUUUCGGGAUCGCGUCCGACAGGCUGUACGUUUCGUACUUUGCCGGCGACGCCGCUUCGGGACUGGGAGCCGACGAGGAGACUCGGCGCAUCUGGCUGGACAUCGGGGUUCCCCCGGCUCGCCUUCUCCCCUUUGGGCCGAAGGAGAACUUCUGGGAGAUGGGCGACACGGGCCCGUGCGGUCCCUGCUCCGAGAUCCACUAUGACCGCGUGGGAGGGCGCGACGCCGCCGGGCUGGUCAACAAGGGCUGUCCGGACGUGCUCGAGAUCUGGAACCUGGUCUUCAUGCAGUACAGCAGGGAGUGCCACGGGGAGCUCCGCGCGCUGCCGUGCCGCAGCGUGGACACGGGUUUGGGUCUGGAGAGGCUGCUCGGCAUCCUUCAGGGAAAAACUUCAAACUACGACACGGACCUCUUCGCGCCGCUGAUGGACGCCAUCCAUCAGAGAAGCGGCGUGUCGGCGUACGGCGGGCGUACGGGUCCGGGGGCGCAGGUGGACGCGGCGUACCGGGUGGUGGCCGACCACGCCCGAGCCCUGACGGUCUGCAUCGCCGACGGGGUCCAUCCCGGCACGUCGGGGGCCGAGUUGGUGCUGAGGAGGAUCCUGAGGCGAGCGGUCCGCUUCUGCACAGAGGUCCUGCGGGCUCCCCAGGGAACGCUGGCGAGCCUAGUGCCCUACGUGGCACGCAGCCUGGGCGACGCGUAUCCGGAGCUGCGCCGCGAGGCCGACAGGGCGAUGGACGUCAUCGACGAGAACGAGGAUCACUUCCUGUCCGGUCUGCGGAAGGGAAGCCGGCUCAUCCGACGAACCCUCGACACGACGGAUGCGCAACGGGGACGCUUUCCUGCGUCGGUGGUGUGCUCGCUGCACCGCGACUUGGGCUUCCCGCUGGACCUCGUGGACUUGAUGCUGGAGGAGAAGGGCGUGUCCGUCGACCGACAGGAAGUGGAGCGGCUCAUCGCAAACCAACACAAGGCGACGUCGGAGCGGGCCGGCGCCGGCGGUCACGUGGCGAUGGGGGCGGUCGUCCUGGCUGAGCUGCGACGAGGGGGCGUGGCCUACACGGAGGACAGCGCCAAGUACGAAUAUGCCGUCGAGCGGGAGCGCUAUGUGUUCCCACCGUGCCGAGCGCGUGUGCUGGCUCUGUUCGACGGCACGGCGCUGGUGUCUCAAGUGGCGCCAGGUCAGCGCUGCGGCGUCAUUCUGGACCGGACCUCCUUCUAUGCCGAGCGGGGCGGACAGGACGCUGACCGUGGAUACUUCGUACGGGCCGACCUACAGGAAGUGCCCUUCUCCGUGGAGGGCGUGUUGACGGCGGGGGGCUACGUGAUCCACCAGGUGACCGCCACGGACACCCUCGAGACCGGAGACCAAGUGCACCUCCAUCUAGACCAGACUCACCGCCUGGCCUGUAUGACGAACCACACCGCCACGCACCUGCUCAAUUUUGCCCUCCGGAACGUUCUGGGUCCGUCCGUGCGACAGAGAGGAACUCGCGUGUCUGCUCGACGCCUGCGCUUCGACUUCAGCGUCAAGGCCUCGCUGAGCGCUAGUGAGCUUCGGCAGGUGGAGACGUGUGUGAAGGCGGCGGUGGUGAACAAUCAGGCGGUGCACGUCCAGGAGGUCCCCCUGGAGGCCGCCAUAAAAAUCGCGGGCGUCCGGACGGUGGACGAGGCGUACCCCGACCCAGUUCGAGUGGUCUCGGUGUCAGUUCCCGUCUCCGAACUUUUGGACCGUCCCGCAGUCGAACGCACGUCGGUGGAACUCUGCUGUGGAACUCACCUGGUGCAGACGGCUUCCAUCGGCGACCUGGUGAUCGUGUCUGAACGACAGUUGGUCAAAGGAAUCAGUCGCGUUGUCGCCGUGACGGGAACGGACGCCACACUGGCUCGGGAGGCAGGGCAGUCGCUACUCGAGGAAGUGGACUCUCUGUCAGCCAGAAUGACAGGCUCUGCCCCCUCCUGUCUGGACUCUGCCCAGAGUCUCGCCAAGGAGGUGGGCGUGGUCUCUGAUGCGGUGGGCAACACGCCCAUCCCCCAGUGGCUACGAGGGGAACUGCAGGUGCGCCUCAAAGCGCUGCAGAGGCAGAGUAACACUUUGGUCCGGAAGCUGGAGACGGCGCAGGCAACUCUCACGGCCCAGGCUCUGCUGGCCAAGACCAAACAGGAAGUUGUGCUGGUGGACUGUGUGGAGGCCCCGUCGUUGUCGGUCCUGAUGAAGACGGUGAACCACCUGAGCGCGGCGCGGCCCGACGCGCACAUCAUGCUGCUGGCUCGCCAAAGGCAUUCUGGGAAAAUCCUGUGCGCCUGUCAGGUUCCCGAGGACUCUGCGGCGGCGCUCUCGGCUUCCGAUUGGGCGACGGCCGUGUGUCAGCGGACGGGCGGAGACGGCGGCGGCUCGGCGGUCGUGGCCCGCGGGACAGGAACUGGCGCCGACGUCGCAGAAGCGGUGGCUUGGGCUGAGAUGUUUGCUUGCAAUUCUUUGGCGACAUUCACGUUACAACUUCGGGACCGGCUUCCCAUACAAACAGGAAGUGUGGGGGCGGGGCCAAACCAUUCUGCUCGCAUUGUGCGCGGUGCGCUCCGACCGUCUCGACACAAAGACGAAGAUCCACGCGCACGAAGACGCUGUUCUGCCUCCGCGCUGAAAACGGCGAGUGAUCUCACCGAAAGGAGGACGAGCAGACACUCCCGCCGAUGUUGCCGGAGGCGGGACAAUAAGACUUGCUGCUGUCUGGGGAAGCCACGUUUACCCAAAAUACCACAUCAGUCGUCUCCCGCCCUUUCCAGCCCUCAAAACACUCGAAAUUCUUUUGGACGCGUCAUAACAAGCUUUUGAGCAGACGCGGAAGUAUU